AUGCCUACCUCCACAAACAGAUCAACCGCUACGUUGGACGGCGCAGAGGUAGCCCAAGGAUCGGAGCCCGAUUAUGGCGACGGGAUUCGCAAUUCUCUAAAUGGCACGACAUCUGACGGACGCGCCGAUUUCCACCAGCCAGACGGCGUGGAGCCUGAAAGAAGCCAUUCGCAAGGGAUGCACUCAUUUGCUAAUGGCGGUAAGCACGACAGCCAAUCGCCUCGCCGUUUCCCCCGAAUCUCACUCCCUGUUGAGUUAAUGCGAGAUUCCUAUGAUGUUGUGGUCAUUGGAACUGGAUAUGGAGGGGGCGUGGCCGCUAGCCGGAUGGCAAGAGGCAAACAAUCAGUUUGUGUCUUGGAACGGGGAAAGGAGAGAUGGCCUGGAGAGUUCCCUGAGACGCUCCCGGACGCAGCCAAGGAGCUUCGUAUCAGUGGCGAGUUUUCGCCAGGAGACAGGAGAGGCAUCCCAGGAACGCUCGUUGGCGGCGGAAACCCCACUGGGCUCUAUCAUUUCGCUGUUGGCGAGGGACAAAACGUGUAUAUGGGCAACGGAUUGGGUGGUACUAGUCUACUGAACGCAAACGUUUUUUUGGAAGCAACCCCAGCUGUCCUGGAGUUGGACAUAUGGCCCAAAGAACUUAGAGGAACAAAGGCGUGGAGAAAAUACUACGACCGAGCAAGCGGCGUUCUUGAACCAGUUGAGUAUCCUACGACUUUCCCUGAACUUCGCAAAGCGAACUUGCUUAAGAAACAAGCAAAUCUUUUGGGCUUGGAAGACAAGUUCUAUCGUGUCAAACAAACAACUCGGUUUGAAGACGGGCCGAACAGCUCUGGAGUUUUUAUGCGAGCCUCCUCUCUGACAGGCAUGGACGCCACUGGCAUCAAUGACAGGAGCAAAUCGACUACUCUGGUGAAUUACCUUAGUGAUGCAUGGAACUGGGGAGCUGAAAUCUUCUGCGAAUGCGAGGUGCGGUACGUGACGAAAGCCCCAGGACGGGAUGGAUAUAUCAUCUACUUUGCGUGGCACUCUAGCAAGCGGGGACGCUUUAGGACCCUCUACGACGAUUUGAUGUGGGUUCACGCAAAGAAGAUGGUAUUCUUUGGGGCUGGCAGCCUUGGAACUACGGAGAUUCUCCUCCGCAGCAAACAGCUAGGUCUCAACAUAAGUGAUGAUCUUGGGACCGAGAUGAGCGGAAACGGGGAUAUGUUGGGCUUUGGCUACAACACCGACUAUGAAGCCAACUGUCUGGCACAUCCUUACCCUACCCCGGACCGACCAGUUGGACCUUGCAUCACGUCGGUGCUGGACUUGCGCGACAAGCGGAAUCCCUUGGAAGGUUUCGUGGUUGAGGACUGCGCAGUUCCUUUCGCUCUUGGCCCGUUCAUGAUCCCCAUAUUGGAGUACUUACCAGACGCGAUACGGCCUUCAUACAAUGCUUUCCGAGCAGUUGCGAAGAAUGCAGCGCGGCUGGCAAGCAAGCUUUUUGGGCCGUACUCCCCUCAAGGCAGCGUCGCAAGGACAGGAGUGUAUCUGAUUAUGUCUCAUGACAGCAGCCAGGGCAGCCUGACUCUUCGGAAAGACAAGCCUGUCCUCACCUAUUCUGGUGUUGGCCGUUCCGAAUCCGUGUCUCGUAUCCAUAGCUUCUUGGAAGCGCUGACGACGGCUGUCGGUGGAAACUUUAUUGCUAACCCUGCUUGGACUUUACUCGGCGCUCAAGAAAUAACAGUUCAUCCAAUAGGUGGAGCUCGUAUGAGCGCAGAUGGCACGGGUAACAAGGGCGUGACGAACCACAUGGGCGAAAUAUUCAAGGGCAACGGAACAGAAACUCACCAGGGCUUGAUCGUUUGCGACGGCUCCAUUGUCCCAGCCGCAGUGGGCGUGAACCCAUUUGCAACAAUCACUGCCCUUGCUGAAAGAUCGGUCGAACUAGUUGCCCAGAAAUAUGGAAUCUCGAUAGACUAUGACACGAAGAAUGGUGUACUAGACAUGUUCGGCAACCCAUCGUUCCCUUUGCCAGGAGAUCCAGGCAUAAAGAAGUUGGUGCGGACUAUUGCCAAAGCUAAUGAAAACGGGGAUGCUGGGAUAGGCUUCUCUGAAGUUAUGUCAGGAUUCAUUCACGCUGGACGUGAUAUAGGUGAUUUCGAAACUGCCGCCAAAUUCGCCCGCAGCCGGUGUGAAUCUGCGCGCUUCUUCCUCAGCGUCAAGUCUUGGGACACCGCAGAAUUGGUCAACAACAGCCUACACCCGGCCAAUCUCACUGGUACCUUCUGCUGCAACUCUCUCGGGGGAACAUUCAUCGUUCAUCGUGGCACUUUUCAACUGUUCAAUCAAGAUUUUCGAGAGCCUGACACCGCGAACCUGACAUAUAACUUUGACAUGGUGUCUCCCAGCGGCACCAGACUGCACUUCAAUGGUUACAAAGUCGUCAACACAGCGGCUUACCUCAAUCCUUUGGCGAUUUUUAGACAAACAACUACACUGUAUGUCACUAUCACAAACCAUGAAGCUGAGAUCGUCGGACGUGGCACGCUUCACACCCAGCCCGCGGAUCUCUACCGGAAGCUUCAGACUUUCGAGACAACCGGGCCAACGGCAUGGGCAAGGUUGACAUCCGCUGCAAGCUUUUUUGCCUACUUCGCCAGACAGGUCGCUACUCCGUUCUUCUCAGCACUUGGGUACCUCCAGUGGCCAAGUGACGGAGUGAACUACGCUUCUAGAGUCAUUACCGCUUCCCAGGCCAUCUCAUUAGAAGCAACUGACGGGGUGAAAACGACAAUGUUCAUGUGGAAUCCCAUUGGGGAAGAUGGGAAGGAGAACUUUGCCCCGUCGCCAACCAUUCUCUUCAUAGCAGGAGCAGCAACUGACCAUACGAUGUUUGCCCUCCCUACAAUCGAACGGAAUGCAGUCGACUAUUUCCGCGAAGCCGGCUACAGAGCAUACUGCCUCACGCAUAGAGUCGGCCGGACCGCUGUGGCGCAAGAGGGACACACGCCGUACGAUGCGCGGCGAGACAUCCGCGCUGCCCUGGAUCAUAUUCGCAAAGCCGGCGGUGCGCAAGGCCGGGGAGAAGCACAGAAGAUUUAUGUGGUUGCCCACUGCGCUGGCUCCCUCGCUCUCGCCUGCGGCCUUCUCGACGGCACAAUCCCAGGAGAUUGGAUUCGAGGCAUCACCUGCUCAAUGGUGUUCAUGAACCCAAAGUUUGGCAAGAUCGACCAUCUUCUAUCCGGAUUUCCGGUGGACUUGUACGGCAAGUUCGUCAGUCCCUAUUGGGAUUGCUGCAGCAGUCGAAACGACACAUACGUCCAGCGGCUUCUCAAUAAAGUUUUGCGUCUCUAUCCUGCUGGUGAUGCUCGCGAGACAUGCAGAUCGGUUGUUUGCCACAGAAGUGAAUUUGUCUUUGGCCGCCUCUGGACCCAUAAGAACCUCAAUGAGGCAACUCACAGGCAUCUAGAGCAAUUCCUCGGCGGUACCUCAAUGCGGUCUCUCAAAUGGCUCAUGGAUUCUGCGCGGCGUGGGUAUGUGACGACCAAUGACCCAAGCGUGAGUCUUUUGACACAGGAAAACAUGGACCGCUUGAAGGGAAUCCCGAUACUGUUUCUUUCGGGUACCGGAAACAUGGUUUUCACCACGGAGAACACAGAUACCUCCUACACCACUCUGUGCAAUGCUUAUGGGAGGCAGUCGUACGAGAGGGAAGUCUUUGCCGGCAAAGGACACUUGGAUGCCUGGAUGGGAGCGACUGCGUAUCAGGACGUUUAUCCAAGGGUGAAGCGACAUAUUGAUGAAGUUAUGAAGAAGGAAUACGUCUGCAACUAUAAUAACCAACAAACCGUACACUAA